UUUUUUUCUUUUCUCUUCAACCUCACCGUCUUUUCAAAUUUUUUCUCACAUUAUGUCUGAGUUCUCUGCCCGCGCCGUUGGUUCUGCCAACACCCUUGAGCAUCGUGUCUUCAUCGAGCGCAAUGGUACCCCUGUCUCUGCAUUUCACGAUGUUCCUCUUUACGCUGACAAGGCCAACAACAUCUUCAACAUGAUUGUUGAAAUUCCUCGUUGGUCAAACGCAAAGUUGGAGAUUUCCAAGGAUGAGCCCUUCAACCCCAUCAAGCAGGAUGUCAAGAAGGGCAAGCUGCGCUUCGUCCGUAACUGCUUCCCCCACCAUGGCUACAUCUGGAAUUAUGGUGCUUUCCCUCAGACUUGGGAGGAUCCAACUCAGUCCCAUGCUGAGACUAAGGCUCGCGGUGACAACGAUCCUCUUGAUGUCUGCGAAAUUGGUGAGCAAGUCGGCUAUACUGGUCAAAUCAAGCAGGUCAAGGUCCUUGGUGUCAUGGCUCUCUUGGAUGAAGGCGAGACUGACUGGAAGGUUAUUGUCAUUGAUGUUAACGAUCCUCUUGCUAGCAAGUUGAACGAUAUUGAGGAUGUUGAGCGUCAUCUUCCUGGUCUCAUCCGCGCCACUAACGAGUGGUUCCGCAUUUACAAGAUCCCUGAUGGCAAGCCCGAAAACCAGUUCGCCUUCUCUGGUGAGGCCAAGAACAGAAAGUAUGCAUUGGAGGUCGUCAAGGAGACUCAUGAAGCCUGGGAGCGCUUGAUCAAGGGUGCCAUCCCCUCCAAGGCUGAGGCCUACGAUAUUCAGGUGAGCAAUCUCACCGUUGAAGACAGCCCUUACAAGGUCUCUCCCGAGGACGAUGCCGUCAAAGCCGUCCCUGCUGCCUCCGAUAAGGCCGCUGCUCCUAUCGACCCCUCGGUUGACAAGUGGUUCUUUAUCUCUGGAACAAGCAACUUGUAAAUAACCAACUAUUUAUACUUUACCAUCCAUCCCAGCAUUAAUGCUGCUUCCUU